GGUUUCUGAUCCCAAUCAUAUUUUACGUGCAAAUAUGAGCAAGCUAGAGAAUCAGCUUCAACAAAAAACCAACGAGCAUAUUCUUUUCUUUCUCCCACCCAACUCAAAGCUCCCAUUCUUCUUCCUACAUAAGCAAUGAACCAGUUCUUCUGUUCAUCACGAGUCUGCUGAAACCCUCCACACAAGAAAAUGCACAAUUCAGACAGGUUACCAGUUCAUUACACUCAACAGGAGCCCCGGCCGAUCCAACGCCACCACACAGCCCGCUACUACGCCCACCGUGUCCGGGAAAGCCUCACAACCCGGGUAUCGAAGACCAUAUGCUCCAUUCUCUUGUCCCUUCUAUUAAUUUUUGGUAUUGUGACAUUUAUUUUAUGGCUUAGUCUGCGUCCGCAUAGGCCCCGGUUUCAUAUCCAUGAGUUUUCGGUUCCGGGUCUGGAUCAACCAACUGGGUUCGAGAAUGCCAGAAUAACAUUCAAUGUUACGGUCCGGAACUCGAACCAACAUAUAGGAAUUUACUAUGAUUCCAUGGCUGGGUCGAUUUAUUACAAGGACCAGAUGAUUGGGUCAACUCCGUUAUUGGACCCGUUUUAUCAGGAGCCGAAGAAUACUGUUGUCGUGUACAAGGAGAUGAGUGGGGCCACUUUGACGGUCAACAGUCAGCGUUGGACAGAAUUCUUGAAUGAUCGUGGUCAAGGAUCGGUGAUGUUUCGAUUGGAUAUAACGUCGACCAUUCGAUUCAAGGUGUCCACGUGGGACAGUAAGCACCAUCGGAUGCAUGCCAACUGUGAUCUUGCAGUGGGCCCGGAUGGCAAUAUCUUGCCAACUUCUAAAGACAAGAGAUGCCCAGUCUAUUUCACUUGACCUCUGCAUCAUAUUCUUUGGACAAGAUGUACUUAGACAGCUAGUAUGAAGGGGCUAAUCUUUUUGUUCAUUGAUCUUCGAAUAUUAACUUUACUUUUCUGUAAAGGAAGCUAUUGUCCUUGCUUUUGGUUCACUACUUUCUCUCUGUUUCUGGGUUUUUCAAGUUGUAAUAGUGUUAUGCAUGACCUCUGUUGUAAUAUGGCCAAGUUUGAGGCCGAAGAUCCUUGUGUAAAAGGUGACUAAUGCUUAUGCUCCAGCUUUAGACAUCUCAAUGA